CACCCUACUCCUUCUCAGAUUCUCAUGGGUCCUACACAGUUCUCUUGUCCUCUCUGCUACAAGACCUUCAACAGAUACAACAACAUGCAGAUGCACAUGUGGGGACAUGGCUCAGAAUACAGAAAAGGACCAGAGUCACUAAGAGGGACACAACCAACGGGGAUGCUGAAGCUGCCUUGCUACUGUUGCGCACCGGGCUGCAAGAACAACAUUGAGCACCCGAGGGCAAGGCCGCUCAAGGACUUCCGUACGCUUCAGACACAUUACAAGCGGAAACACGGUGCGAGGCCCUUUGCUUGUCGUAGAUGUGGAAAGGCUUUUGCGGUCAAAGGAGACUGGAGGACGCACGAGAAGAACUGUGGGAGGCUUUGGUAUUGCUCAUGUGGCUCGGAUUUCAAGCACAAGAGGUCGCUUAAGGACCACGUCAAGGCCUUUGGUAAUGGUCAUGUCCCUUGUUUUGGCAUUGAUUGCUUCGGCGAUCAUGAGGACGAGGAGGCUGCUUCCGAUGUCGAACAGCAAGAAUGAUCGUAAUUUUCUUUGGAUUAUAUUUAUCGGAAUAGCAGAAGCCUUUACUGUUCUAACGUCUUCGUUAAAGUUUGUUAGACCGUCUUUUUCAUUUAACUAAUCUAAAGUGCAUUUUCUUAUCAUUAGUUAUAUUUCUACACGCAGAUGUACAACUCUAGUAUAAUUUAAAACUCCAGAAUUAUGAAUAAGACAAUUUGGUCAUUUAAAAAAAAUUAAAAUAGAUAUUUAGAGAAUUAUCAUGUUGAAAACUGUCGUACUAGUAUAUAACUCAUGUAACUUGUUCAAAACAAAAAAACACUCAUAAAACUACCUAUAAAAAUUCAUUGAAACAAUUGACAUGUCCAUCAUAUUUUUCUUUUCAUUCUCGAUAUGUAAGAGCAAUCUUAUCAGGAAGACAUUCUUCAAAAUUCUUAAACAAAAAAAAAUAGUAUUUUAAUAUAAUUUAUAUACGUGAUUAAAUAGUAAUUGUAAAAUUAGAGCUAAACUAAUAGAAAAAUGACAUGUGUGGAAUUUAUAAUUUUCUUGACACUCUUUCUUCUCUUUCUAUUAUUUUAUUUUUAUAAUCAUAAGAUUAACAUACAUUUGUUUUCGUUUUUGCAGAUUUGGAUGACUCCUGCAUCAGAAAGAUCUAGGACGGACUAUGAUACACAUAUUUACAAACCAACGGAAAAUUAGUAUAAAUCCAAAGUAGUUGUUGACCUGCAGAAUCUUAGCAAUUCUCAUUUUUUUCUUAAUAUUACUAUAUGGAUAAUUCUCAUAAAUAGACCAUUUUUAAGUUUUGAUCAUAAAAUAGAUCACUAAAAAGAAAAUAACCAAAAUGUUUCAUUUAAUAAGUAAAAGAAUCCUAAUACCUAGAUAUAUAAAAAAAUAAAAAAAUAAUUUAAAAAAAGUUUAAUAAAUUCUGCUAAUAACUCCAAUGUAUUAGUUUUACUUUUUACCAGUCAAAUAUUUUAUUUAAAGAUUCAUCCAUCCACAUAAGCUAAGCUUUAAUGGACUUAAUCCUACCAAAUCAAAGUUUUUGGUACUUAU